UUUUUAAAAAAGAAAAGAAAAGAAAAGAAAAGAAGAAAAGAGAAGCUCUCAUCUCCUUUUUAUAAAACCUCUGAAAACGCCAGAUUCCAACAAUCCUUCUUCGUCUUGAAGAAUUCCAUUCUCUCAUUUUGGGAAGGCGUUGGGGGAGAGAGGCAAUGCAUUUGCUGGAAAAGCUCAGGAGAGAUGGAAUCCAUGUGAAAUUGAGAUGAAAUGCAAAUGAAAUUAUGCGAACCCUAUGUGAUGUUUGCGAGAGCGCCCCUGCGAUCCUCUUCUGCGCUGCCGACGAGGCUGCCCUCUGCCGAUCCUGCGACGAGAAGGUCCACAUGUGUAACAAGCUUGCUAGCCGACAUGUACGAGUAGGACUUUCUGACCAAAGUUAUGUUCGUCGCUGUGAAAUAUGUGAAAAUUCACCUGCUUUCUUCUACUGUGCAAUAGACGGUAGCUCCCUUUGCUCGCAAUGUGAUGUUACCGUUCAUGUCGGAGGUAAAAGGACCCAUGAAAGAUAUCUCCUGUUGAGGCAGAGGGUUGAGUUUCCAGGGACUCGACCUGCCUCUGGUGAGAACUUGGCCUUGCAACUGACGGAUCCAGUUGAAUCAAGGCAGGAACAGAAUCAGCUACCUAAACUGGCAAUAGAAGGGAACUUACAAAACCACAAGGUCUCUCCUGUUCCGAUUGUCAAUGUUAACAUGGACAACCAUCGCAAGAUGGACUCUCCAAUGAUUGAUCUCAACACCAGGCCACAACGGGUUCAUGAGCAAUCUUCAAAUGCCCAGGGUCCAUUACUUCGGAAUACAACAAAAAGAUGAUGAAAACAUGGAGAAAAAGUGAAGGAGAUGGAUGUUUUAAGUGGUAGUAAUCACGAGUGUGAGAGCGUGGUUCCUGUGAGAUCUAUCAAAGGGGAGCUGCAGAAGUGAGCAAGGUAGAGCUUUUAUAACUCUCAUUGAUGUGUGUUGAUAUUUCUCCUAUUUUCACCAUUUUUUCCCUUUUUUAGAGAAAAAAGAAAAUGAACACUAGUUUUUUUGUGGGUUUUGGGUAUUUCACCAACAAACUGUGUUUAGACUAAAUUUAUUCGAGAAUAUAUCCACGACCCACAUUACAGAUAGAUGCAUGACACUGUAACGUAUGGUUCAUCUCUCAAAAUGUUAAAAGAAUGCCUGGGGACUGGUUGUACAACAUCUGUUGCAAUUCUGGGAAAUGCAUUUUGUACAGUAUUAUCUUUUAUUUGAAUUUAUAAGGAGAGUGCUAGAAAAUUAUGUUGGGUAA